AUGGCGAAGUUUGAUGGGCGAGAUCCUGGGCCACCUCCUCCGGAUACACCAGAGCCUGAGCCCGAGACUGAGGAGCUGACACCAGUGGAGCCAGCAGCUGAAGCUGGCCAGGCAAACGAGCCCCAAGAGCAUACAGCAGCAGAAGCCACAGUUGAGGAGGCCACAGAGCACAUAGUUAAGGAGCCAGCAGAUCACAUUGUUAAGGAGUCGACAGCUGUAGCUGAGCCAAGAGCUGAGACAGCAUCAGAGCCAGCUGGGCAGGCAUCUGAAGAGCAUAGAGCUGAUCCCGCCACCCGUCCAUCCAGCGCCAUCAUUGUCUACCACCGUCAUCACCACCCACCACCGCCAGGCGGUGGAGCUUUGUAG